CUCCGCCUUCGUCAGCCAACCGCCAUCAAAUUGAACGCUCGUCACAUAUUUCUCUCGUUUUACAUAUUUAGACAAGAUGUGGAGGCAGACCUUGUACAGCGAAGGACGCCCGCGAUCGCAGUGGGAGUUCCCCGCGAGGACCAGCGCCCACACGGCACUCGCGAAAAAAUGUAGCGAUCGCGAAGGAGCUGUAGGUAUGGAAGAUCUUCACAAACAGCUGCAGCAAGAGACGGAAAAUAUCGUACGCUGGAAGGCUUCGACUGAGAUGAACACAAGGCAGCUCGAGCGACAGCUGAACGAGGCUCAGGUGACCAUCGCAGACCAGCGGCGAAAUCUGAUGGAGCUGCAGCUGAACUCGGAGAACCUCUCCCAGAGCCUACUCAAGGAGCGCCAAGAGAGGGACUUGGUCGCUGCCAAAGUGACUCACACUCGUCAGCUGUUCCGCACACUUGAACAACAGAAAGAAGAACUUGUGGUUACACUAACGCUUUUCCAGCAGGAUAAAGACUUGCUAAGCGCAGCCCACCACGAGACAAUCCAGGAGAUAAAUGGAAUUACAGAAAGCUUUCAUGACCUUUCCGUGCAACACAAGCAGCAAGUGGAUAGUCUUACUGCACAAGCUGCGUCUGAAGUGAGUCAACUGCGGGAGAAAAUCGCAUCAAAAGAGCAAGAGCUGAAGGAAUUGAACGAGUCGAUGUCGAGGCUCGUCCACAGUAAUUCCGAGUACGAGGAAAAUGUUUCUGAGAUGACAGAGCUCCUGAAGACCACGGCACAGAGUCUUUCGUGUGCCCAAGACAAGAACGCGGCUCUCGAAUCGGAAAUUGUCGAGGUUAAGAGUUUACUAGAAAGAGUUCAGAAAGAAAUGGAGGAGCAAACUCAGGCCUCAACUGUCCGGGUAAACAAACUACAAGAAGAACUAAACCAAGAACAAUGUCGCCGCAAUGAAAGUCAAAAGGAAUUCGAGGAGGCGGUAGAGAAGAUCCAGUAUCUGAAGAAAGCGAACGACACUUUGGAAGGCAACAGUAGCGAGCUCCUGGAUAAGCUUGAGGCUGUGACAGUUCGAAAGCAAGAGUUGGAAGAGGAACUCAACCGUAGCAAUAAUAGGAUAACGAAGCUGAUGGAAGAACACAGUGAGCUGGAGCAAGAAGUACACAUCCUGUCCCAGAGCCUUAAAGAUAUGCACAUCAAAUUCGAACACCUGAAAUCAGAUUUCCAGGAUAUGCAGAAAGACAAACAGUCUUUCAUGGCACAACUAGAAGAAUCAAAGAAAAUCUUACAAGAGGAAGAUCAACUUAUUAAACAUCUGACAGAACAGGUCUCGGAACUGUCUCAAAAUCUGCAAGUUCAGAAAAAGAUGGAAGAAGAGUUGAAAACAGAAAUACUGUGCUACAAAGAUCGGAAUGACGAAAUGAAUAAUACUAUUGAAUACUUGAACAAAAGGCUCCAGGAAAAUGAAGUGGAUGCAACCAAACUCCAAGAAAAAUUAGUGUCGGAAGUAGAUAAAAAUAUUAGGUCGCUGGAAGAAGUAGAAUUCCUUAACGAACAGUUGAAUAAUGUUCGAAACGAGUGGGCAGCAAAUAAUGAGCUCUGCGAACAGAAGAUCCAGAGCAUUACUAAUUGUGCAGCUGUAACGGAAGCAGACUUGAAGCAGCAAAUUUCAGACAUUGAGAACCAGUUCAAGAAAACCACGGUCGAAAAAAACACUUUAAACAAGGAUUGGGAGGAACAGCAAGCACUCUUAAAAUCUCAAAAACUCCAACUUAAAGAACAGGAAAAAGAGUUGAAGUCUAAAACUAAAGCAUUAAAUCAAGAAAUCAAGAAAAAGGAGAAGACAGAAGCAUCGAUUGCAAUGCUAGAGAGGAAGCUGCAAAGCAGCGAGACUGAGCGAGAGAAACUAAAGUCGGAUCUUCAAGAGUUUCAGCGCGGCCAGGAAGAAUCGCUGAAGCAACACGAGGAGAAGCAGAAGGCUUUAGAAGAGGAUCUUCAAAAUAAAAUCAACGAGAUCAGUGGACUUAAGGACUUGGCUCGCACACACGAAACGAACCUUAAGGAGACGCUUCAGAAGGUGGUUGACUUGCAGGAAGCACUCGAUGCUGCUCGCAGCGAACUGAAUGUUUUACGAGACACAGUCGACGCGAGGGACAAGGAAUUCGAGGAGCACAAGUGCCAGUCUACCGAGGCCAAACAAAGCCUGACGAAUCAACUUAAAGAAAAAGAAGAACAGCUCGCAACGUCCUCCAUCAUCUGUGGCCGGUUGCAAGGUGAUGUUGCAAGCUUAAAACGGUGCAUGGAAGAACAGCGCUCCAAACACGCGGCGGAAGUUCAUGCGUUAAAAGAAUCAGUGGACGAGGCAAAAAAGAACUUAAAGCGAGUCAAACAAGAAAUGAUAAAGGUCAAUAAAGAGAAGGAGGAUAUCAUGCAGGAAGCUGAUACUAAAGUAAAGGAUAUGCUUGGUAUCAUAGAACGAUAUAGAUCUGACAACGAGAGCAAUAUGAAAAAGAUAACUGCAGAAUUACUAGAAACCCAGCAGAAACUCGCACUGAAGGAGGCAGAUAUUGCAAAUGUGGCUUCGGCAAAUACAAAGCUCCUCGUGGAAGCUGUUGCUGCAACGAAGACAAAUACCAAAUCAAAGAAGAGUGAUACUUAUACAGUAGAUUUACCGCUGGAUACCGAGGAGGAGCUAAAAACUCCAAGCCCUCGUCAGUACCUCAGCCGCCGUCGCGCUCCCUUUGGAAUGUACAAACAUACUCCCACAGCGAAAGCAAUACCAAUUACAAAAUUUUCUGGAGACACGCUAUCCCAGGAGGAUCGGCCUCAGUCAAGUAUUUUGAAGGCAGGACAAAGACGCAUCCUCGUACCCCCAACUGAGCAGAAGCGAGUUGCCUUCAGGUCUCCCUUGUCUCUGGUUUGUGCCAAUGACGGGGACUCAAGCUCCGAUGCCUAUGCUUUGGAGCUUGAAGAUUCCUUUGAUGAGAUAGUAAAUUCAAGGAAGCGAAGACCAGGCAGCAUUCCCAGUGUAAACGUGGCACCGACGUAUGGCAAGGCCACUCGUAGUUCGGCAGCCAGUGUAAACAGUGACCAUUCUCCUCUGCGUGCUGUUCCAGAUAAGAAUGACCGACAGCAGCCUGAAGAAGGUGGAAAGCCGUCUUGCAAGAAAGUUAAAUCAAAUAAGAAGUAUGGAAUAAAGACAUACAGUGCAAUUAGCCCUAAGAACAAGUAUAAUGCAGAGAGUCAGCAACCAAAUAAGACAACAGCGGAAGAUUGGAUCAACUGAAUAAAGUCCUUACAGUAGGACAUGUUAUUUGUUACAUGAAAAAUUAUUCUCUAAAAGGUAUACUUAUUUUGAGGAAAAUGUUAUCAUUUCAUUAUCAAAUAUUGAUGUAGAAAUUACAUAAACUGUGUAAUGUUUAGGUUAGUGUUCGUUUUAAUUUUUGUUUGUACAAAACGUACUAUUUUCUUAUUGAUUUUAUGAUUACCUCUAAAGAUAUUUAUUUAAUAUCAACAGACAGUGCAAAUUAUGUGUUCUUUUUUCGUAAAUCGAAAGUUAUUUGAAUUAGAGGAAUUCAAAUAUAUUACAUUUAUUGAAGUUCACUUACUAUUUAUUCAUUACUUAUCCAAGGGAGAUCAGGAAAUUCAUUUAUAGAUUGAUUUUGAUAUAGCUGAGUUUUUCUCUUUUUGCAGUUAAUAAGCUUCUAACAAUGAAAUGAACUCAAAAGACUAACAAUUAUUGGAUUUAAGGUUUGAUAGUUUUCACAAAUGUAGAGAUGGAUAGUAGACAAGGAAAGAGAAGAGGGCAGGUAGUUUGCAGAUAAAAAGGUUGUAAUUAUGUUAUGGGACUACCAAGUUCAUGUUUUCUUUUUUUUAUAAUAGAGUUAUUUACGAUAUUUGAGAAUUAAAUGUAGUCUUUGA